CUUUACUGGAGGGUAAUUUUUUUUUCAGUUAAUCACGAGAAAUUUGAAUGUUUAGUGGAAGAAGGUUCAACAGGAGUAUUUUAUCUGCAUUUUGUUCUGGUAAUUAAAUGUGAACAAAGAAAUGUUCAGUGGUGACUACGCUAAAUCACCUGAUGUCUCGCCUGCUAAAUUUUAUUUGUGAAGUACUAGAAUACUUUGGGAUAUCAUCUGACUUGCAGUUUUUCCAGCAAUGGCAAAGCAAACCAUAUGGACAGACUCGUAGUAUUGUUCGAAGGAUAGGAUCAUUACUUCCUUUGAAUCAUUGGCCUAGGGUCUGUUUUCAGCUCUUAGAAAGAUUAAAAGUACCUGACUCAUGUAACUAUAGCUCUAAACCUACGGUUCCAUCUCUGGCUGAUGUAUCAUGGAUUGCUGAUGAUGAGGGUGAAACUUUCACUCGAUUUAGGAAUGAAGUUCGCCCUCCCAAAGCUGAGCAGGUAAUCGGCCUGAUGCAAGAACAUCGCGCACCAAUGACCACAUUAAAUUAUCCAAAAAAUGGGAAUAAUACAUCAAAUGAAAAUGCCUUGAAUAAAAUAUCUCAACUUGAAGAUGAGUUGUCUCGUCUGAGGUCUCAAAUUGCUAUGCUUAUUACAAUGCAGGAUGAAAGAUUGGAUACUCCCUGUACUCCUGCUCUUUCCAUUCCUCCUCCAAAGUUAACAUCUACACCGUUUGGUGCUUUGAGUGAUCCAGCUGGGAAUGCCCUACCACCUCCACCUCCACCUCCACCUCCACCUCCGCCAAUGUCAGCUGCAGAGAACAGUGCUGCGUCUGCUAGCAAUCUUGUUGGAGAAGCCCAAGCUAUGAAAAGCAACCCUAGUCAUGUAACCAUCAAACCAAAGCUCACUGAAAACUUAUCAAAUCCCUUCAACAUGAUGGAUGUCUUGAAGGAUAUGCAGAAUGUCAAAUUAAAAGCAGUAGCAAGGUCACCUGGAGGAACACCCAUGGGGAAGAAACCAGCAAUAAAGGCACCUGUCUCUGAUCCAGCAGCACUCAUUGCCAAUGCUUUAAAACGCAAGUUUUCACACAGAUACAUGAAUGAUUCUUCUGAUUAUGAAAAUGAGCCAUUUGAAUUCUCUCCACUGUCAAGUCCAGAAACUUCAAGGUUUGGACAACAUGACCUGAAGCCCAAGAAACCAAAUAUCUUGAGGACUGAUAAAAUAUUGUAACCAGCAGAAGUAACUAUUGACGACUCUUCAUAGCUGUUACGUACACUGGAAAAGAACUGAUACCAUGGUGCAAUUGUAAUGGACAUAAUAGCAGAUACUUGUUUACAGUAAUUCCCAUUUGUAAAUUAUCCACCCAGAUUAAAACACUUUUUUCUAGAGGAAAGUUAAGUCAAUACAUUGUACAUUUUAGAUUGGAUUUUUUAAAAAGGAUUGGAUUUUUUAAAAAGGAUUUAUAUUUCUGUCAAAAUAGCAAAUUGCUAAUAUGCAAAAGUAACAGUCCUGCUAAGUUUGAACAAUUAUUUUGGUGCACUGAAUCUUAUGUUUAAUCGAUGCAUUUCUCUCUGCUUGGGAUUGUUUGUUUGUAAAUUCUGAAACUAUUGAAGAUUAAAUCUUCAGUCCUUUUUGUAAUGAAACAAGAUUUAUUUAAAAUAUACUGGAGAAAUUCAGUGAACAGAGUACCGAAGAAAAGUCUUAACAAAUUCAACAUAUCUAUGAAGAGCGGGACAAAGUUGCUGUUGGAACUUCUGAGUUUCUCUAGCACUUUAAUUUUAUUUUGGAUCUCCAGCAUCCAGUAAUAGGUGGGGGAAGCUGUGUCAGAAUUAUGACAGUUCAGUCAAGUAAGUGAUGUCAAAAUGUGCUUUGCAGUACUGAGAUUACAAUUCCAUUAAAUUGCUGAUGUUAAAGCUAACAACACUAAAUAGGACAACUUCAAAUGAAGACUUAUUGUCAUCUGUGACAUCCACACCUUCCAAGUAAUAUCCACAUCAUCUCUCGUCAAAGGUGUGUGAUAGUUUGAGUCAAUGACAGCAUCUUCUGCAAGAUCUAAGGCAGUGGCUCCGUUCUUGUAGUAAUGGUUUUCAGGGCUUCCAAGUGUCAGAUUUAAAUUAAAGACAUUAAGCGUAUUCAUGGAUGAAUUACAUUAGGGCUCAGUAAAUUGGAGAACAGUAUUCUUGCUUUGGUUUCAAUCUAUCCUCAAACCACGAUUGCCAACAUAGUGGUCGCUUGUGUACACCAACAGGGAACAGUUACGGAAUUUCCAUAAGAGAAAGAACGACUUGAAUGGUUGCAAAAAGUUGAGGAUUUGACUUGAUUUAAACUACCAGUUCUAGGGUUUGCAUCAUCCCAGGGCAUAUAUUCUGCUCCUUUUGGCUUUCUUGGUACCUGCACUUCUAACCAACUGCAACCAAGGUAAAGUAUUUGCCUCUGAAGAGGGAAAGUCAAGGACUGGGAGAGACCACAAGUCAAAAGUUUGAACAUGAAAUACCACACACCAGAGAGAGGACAUCACAGCUGUUGCAGAUACCAUUUCAUUUUUGCCGCACAGAAAUGAAGAUUGCGACAGAUGGCACCAGCAGAUUUUUUUUUUUUUUUUGAAGUUCGCUCAUGGGUAAUGGGUGGUGUUGGCUGCCCACAGCGUUUAUUGCCUGUCUCUAGUCGCUCUUGAGAAGGUAGCAGUGAGCAGCCUUCUUGAACCACUGCAGCCCAUCCACUUUAGGUAGACCCACAAUGUUCUUAUGGAAGGAAUUAGUAUUAAAAUAUGUAAAAUAAUGCUCUGUGGUUAGUAAUGCUUAUGCCUUUGUCCUGCGCUGGCAUCUAGUGGAAAUAUCUGUUCUUGGUUUCUCUAUAAUCACAAUAAGUAUGGUGAACUGUCGGUUGAUUAAGGAUUCGUUAACAGUUCCUGUCAAACCGACAGUAUUGAAUGUUACAACAGUUAAAUGUGAUUAAUGAUGGGUGUGAUGAAAUAUUCAAAUAUACUUCAGAAAUUUGUUAAAGCAUUUCAGAAGCACUUAUUAAU